AUGUCACGGCAGUUACGCCGGCAAAAGCGACGCCAAGCACGACUCGGUACUAUAGAAGUGACCGGGAGUAGCGACGAGGCCAGUCACGCAGGUGCUAAUCCGCGAAUUCCUAGAGAGCCUAUUGAACGCCUAGCGGCAGUGAUUAAGUUCCUAGGGUUAUACAAUAAUGAUGUGGAACAGAUCGAAUGCGCUCUAGGCAAUCUGCUACAGAAAGACGAAAAGAUAUCUCACCUUCCCCUUACCAUCACGGAACUACAGCAUUCCAAGAAUGAACAGUCCUGCAGGGUUGAGGAAGAACAGAGCCGAUUGGCGGAGCUGCAAAGGCAGCUCAACGACGAACAGAGCUCUCUCGAGAUUUCUCGCCAAACGCUGGAUGAAGACAGAAAACAACUAGAAGCAGAGAAGAAACGAUUUAAGGCCGAAGAAACGGCCAGAUAUGACAAAGCUAUAGUAGUAGAGAAGAAGAAGAUAGAAGACGAGUCUAAGAAGCUAAUUAAGCAGGAAAAGAAAGCCACAGCCGUGAAGAUAGAAGGAGCAACACAGCAGAUUCGACAAUUGCAAAAUCAAGUCUUGGAGCUGAUAGUGGCUAAGGAGAAUGCGGAAACGACCCUCUCGCUUUUCAGAACUUUUUAG